AUGCCCCACACGCUCCCUACACUCACUUUCGUCAUCUACAGCCUCUUUACGCGCCACGUCGCGUCGCUUCCCUCAAGCCACCUCCACAACCACAAUGUCCUUGGCGACGUCGACGCGGCCUUGGCCACGGGCCACGGGGCCGCGCUCGCCGACAUCAGCCCCAACGCCAUCAUAAUCCCGGACCUGGACGAAUACGUAGACGCCAAUGACGAGACCGACACGCUCGCGGCACGGCUGUCCGAAGUGCUCGACAUCGACGACUCGACGGCAGCGGCGCUCGACGCGGCCUUUGCCAACGCCGGGCUCGAGGUGUCGCUGCUCAUGAUGCCGCCGGAUGUCGGCGCCGUCAGCACGGGGCCGGUUUACGGCGACGACGUCAGCGUAUCGGUGGCGACCGACGGGGCGAAGAUCAAGAAAAGGGGAGCAGCAGGCGCGCUUGCCCGUGCUCGCGACCGUCGCCGCAAGAAAAACGGCGGUAGCGGCCACGCCGCCGCCAACGAUGCAGUCCCAGAUAAUUCUGAUUGGGAGAGUGCAUCAUGGGGUCCCUCGCGCAAUAACGACAACGAUGGCGGCUUUAUAGCCCCGCACCGCAUCUUUUCCAUUAUCCUAGAUCCGGUGGGAGCAUUGGCAUGA